AAAGCCGUUGGGAUGGAGACGUAAACAACGGAAGGGAGGUGCGGAGGUGUGUGCGAUCGGUUUGUGCGUAUUGGCGUGUGAUUUAUGUGAUUUAUAGUGUCAAGCGGGUGUCUAACACUGCGAGGGCAUUAAUUUUUGGAUUGACACGUCUCUGCACAUCAGAGUCGGGACUGAGGAUAAUCAGCAACAACCGCGAGUUCUGGUACUGGGGCGUGCAGCUCGACCCGGACCUGUUGGUCACCAUAUCGUCACUCUAUCCAGAGUGGUUCAGGAAUUUCGACUUUGAACAGCUCGACAUGGCCGAGGGAGGGGGCUCCCCGCCCCCCAUCAUCCCCCUCUCGCCACCCCAGGCAGAGGUGGAUGAGUCGCCUCUGCAGAAACAGAUGGAUCGAAACAAAGAGUCUCUGAAGGUCAAAUUGAUGACCAGGAGACCCAUGAACCAACUGGUUGACCAGGGCAUUCUUCCGUCAUUGAAGGCAUCACCGGCACUCUACGAGCAACGCCAGCGACUGGAGCGAGCCAAGACGGGCGACCUCCUCAAGGCCAAGAUCCAGCGCAGGCCAGACCGGCAGGAGCUAGUGCGUCAGCACAUUCUCGAAGACACUGGGAACGUGCAUCCUGCUCUGGUGGAGAAGCAGCGGCAGCUGAAGAAGGCCCGGCUGGCGGAUGCUCUGAAUGUUCAGCUGUCACAUCGGCCGGGUGUGCUGGAGCUUAUCAAGGCGAAUAUCCUGCACACGGAUGAAACGGUCGAGAAGGCUGUCAAAGAGGGUGCUAUCGACUUCCGCCCCACCUCCCAGGGCGAAGCGCGUCGAAAGCCGGCCGCCGCCUUCUUCCGCACAGAGGACGACUCGAGUUCGGACGCGGGCAGUCCGGACGGCGGCGCUCCACCCCAGUCCCCUGCGGCGCCUCCCAAACCGCCGCCGCCGCCGCCGCCGCCCCCGCCGCCCGUGUCGGCUAUCUCACCCAGCGCUGGGAGCAGUGUGAGCACUCUGAGUCCGCUGAGCAGCGUCAGCAGCCCGCAGUCGAUUGGAACCAUCAGCCCCGGACCGAGUGUGGCCGGUGCGUCCAUCCUCUCGGCCCGACCGGCCUCUGUUCUCUCCCAUCUGGGUACGCCCCCACAGAGGUCCGAGGCGCCCGGGAAGGAGCUACACCACAAGAAGAAGAAAAAGUCCACCAAAAUGACGCCCAAGGCUAAGACCAUCAAGUUCCAUGAGUAUAAGGGUCCGCCGAACGCCACCAAGGCCUCCCAGUCCCUACCCACGGCUGCCGACGGGGAGAGUUCGUACGAGCUGCUCCUGCAGCAGCAGCAGCUGUUCUUACAGUGGCAGCUCGAGUGGCAGCACAAGUACCCGCAGAUAAUCCUGCCGGCGUCUCAGAAGCCCAUCUCAUCGGCCACGGGUUCGUCCACGGCCACCACAGUCAGCCAGACGGCCUCGGUAGCCGGGGCGGCACCUUCUCCGCCGCCGCCGCCGCCCCCGCCACCGCCGCCCAGCGACCCGAGAUUCGCUAAACUGGAGGAGAUGAAGGUAUCCGACCUGCGCGUCGAGCUCAAGAAGCGCAACCUGCCCGUGUCAGGCAGCAAGCCACAGCUGAUCGAGCGACUGAAGCCGUUUGUCGACCAAAUCUCUGCGUCAUCGAGUCGCGCACAGUCACCAGCCGUACGAUCGGCUACGGCCAGCCCCUCGGCAGUGCCCGCGGCAGUUGUGCCGUGCUCCACUGUGACCACGGUAAGCAUCCCGAUCUCAAUGGCUACCGUCCCGGCCGGGGUGAGCCGACUGAUCCUGGACACGGGACAACUGCAGGUGGCCGAUGGACAGGUGAAGGUACAUCUUCAGUCGGUUGUGUCGCAGCCCCUUCAGCAACAACAGCAACAGCAGUCACAACAACAGCAGCAAGAACAAGCUCAACAACAGCAGCAGCAGCAGCAACAACAACAACAACAGCAACAACAGCAGCAAACUGUCCAGUUUGUACCGGACGUGGUAUCGAUGGCGAUCGCCUCGGCCAGUCCGGCCAGCGUCGGCUCGAUACACAGCUGUUAUGACGAUACGUCCCAGUCGCAGGUCGACUUUGGUCACAGUCAGGGCUCGGAGGGGCCCGUGUCGCCCGUAUUCGACGUGGCCAUGACGCCCGGUGACGCCCCCAUGGAGCUGGAGGAGGUCUUCGACGCGGCGCCGCCUCCCCCACCGCCUCCCCCUCCCCCGCCUCCGCCUCCUCCCCCGCCGCCCCCACCCCCACCCCCGCCCCCAUCCCAGCCGGCCCCCUCCCCGGGCCCCAGUCAGCAUAUUGUGACGGAGGAGGCCAUUCAACAGCAGCGGAGGCGAGUGGAGGAACUGAAAGAGGAGCUGCAGCGGAGCCAGCACAUUCUCCAGCAGCAGCAGAACCUACUGCGUCUGCAGAGCGGUCAGCAGCAGCAGCCGGCGACCAGCCAGCAGCAGACGAGUCAGUCCCCGCCGGCCGGGCAGGCGCCCCCAGACGCCAAACGGCUGCUGCUUCAGCAGCACCUACAGCAGAAGGUGGCCGCGCAGAAGCUGCAGACGCAGCUGCAGAUGUUGAGACAGCUGCAGACCCUGCAGCAGCAACAGCAACAGCAGCAGCAGCAGCAGCAACAGCAACAGCAGCAGCAACAACAACAGCAGCAGCAGCAGCAGAUGCAGCAGCAGCAGCAGAACCAUGUCACGUCACAUCAGAGGACCGUCUCUCUUCCUACCUUCGCCGGUCUUCUAACGCAGCUGCAGCAGCACCAGCAGCUGUCUCCAAGUCAGCAGGAGCAGCCGUCCGGCAGCCCUGCUGACCAGCAGUCUCAGCAGUCUCAGCAGUCUCAGCAGCAGCAGCAGUCUCACCGGCCCCUUCACAGGACGUACACCGAGCCGGGUGGAUUUGUACGGCCACCGCCGGACUAUGUGGAGGCCACGCGCACCAAACCCUCCACCAGCCAUAAGUCGGCUCGUCGCUCGUCGCGCAGUCAGGCUGUAGAUGAUGUACUGGAGAUACUCAUCAAGAACGGAGAGCUGCCUCCCAGUGCUGCCAUUGAGCCGAGCGGCGGCCAGCGGGCUGCCCCGGAGCCGAGCCCCGCCGCCGCCUCCGUCUCCGCUCCCUGCACUCAGUCCGCCAGUGACUUAUUCGCUGACCUGGCUGAGCUUGGCUCCAUCGACGAGCUAGAGCUAGCCGAGCUAGAGGCGAUGGAGCUACAGCCUGCUCCGGAGCUAAAGCGGGAGGUCAACACACCGGAGCCGCAGAUGGUCCAGCCGGUGGAGAGUAGCUCUUAUCACCCUCCUCCAGAUGCUGAUUUUGAUAUGGAAGAAAUGUUGGAUACGUGGCUUCCUGCCAACAGCGACUCGCACAACAGUCGAGACCCGCUUCUGCCUAGCGCGGCGGACCCACUACAGAUGCUUCUGAUUGAUGGCGUCGAUUUAAAGAUGGGGGGCGUGGACAGCAACUCUUCCAUGCAGUGGGACCGGCUGGAUUUUCCCGCGUAAUACGUGACCCGGUGAGGAGCGAGGAUGGGAGAUUUGAUGUCCAAUGGUGCUCAACGGCCACGAAAUCUCGCGCGCCGGACUGAGGGGGACAACAGAAGCGGUGCGGGACACCGCACAGUGCCAAAAAAACGGCGCGAAAAUGGCCAAUUCGUGGGUCAGGUCUUUCUUUACGAUUUAAUGAGGUCUGCUGCGGGGAGCGACGCAGGCAGCUAGAGGGAAGAAUAAAAAGAGAGAGGGGUGGGAGGGCGCGACUGUUAAUGUCUAUAAGAAUGUGUGAGGGAGUUCUAAGAGUGAUUUUAUGCGAUGUUACGGAUGGGAUAAAGACAGUGAUGUGUUGAGCGAUAAAAGCCACGGCUGAGUGGCGCACAUUUGACUGAGAGGUCUAGUCGGGUCCAAUAUGGGAAGACGGCAAAAGCCAUGCGCGGAGAUGGGGCGGGCCCGAGCCGCUAUUGUACGCCGGUGGCGUUAACGCUCCAAUCAUAUCUCGUGAGGGAUCAGUGGGCCGCGUGCCGAUUCCAGCGGCCGGCGCGGCGCACAGUGCGUCGUGUCACGUUUGUUGUUUGUUUGUUUUCUAACCAUUCCACAUGUGUUCUGCGCCCGCCUAGCGUCCAGCAGUCCUGUAGCUAACCCGGCAGAUGCCUAGCCCGCUAAUUUGUACAAAGCCAGCGUGGCCGUCCCUUCCCUUCAUUCGGUGCGAUCCCGUUGUCUGGGCUACUAACCCGUUAGACGUUGUGAUAACUGUAGCUAGUGUCGCCCGUGUGUGUAAAUAUGUAUUGGAGUUUCGAGCGACGGCCGCGUGUGGCGCUGCGGUGCUGAUAUAGGUGGCGCUGCGGUCGCCCGUUUGUGCAGAGUGGUUCAGUGGAUCAUGAAGGGUUUUAUCGCGACAAAGCAGAGAAGAGCCAUAGUAUGAAGGAGGGCAUGGGGACCUGGGGGUGUUUCGCACAACCACACCUGCCAUUUGGUGCUCUUGUUCCCAAUGUUGAUGUAUUUGUAAAAGGAGACGGCUUGGCGCCGCCAAAACUGUAAUUCUGUACAUACACCUACAGAUCUUGUUCCGUUGCCUCAAUAAAUCGAGAUAGGCGCAU